AUAAGUGGCUUAAAAUCUAUUCAUUCGAUUGUCGUACGAACGUGUGAUUGUGUUUGUGUUGUGUGUUAAAAUGGAAACGAAAUUUUUCUCAUUGGAAGAAAUCGCAAAAAAUGACGGAAAAGACGGAAACAAGACCUGGAUUUUGAUAAAAAAUAACGUCUAUGACGUUACGGACUAUCUGGACGGGCACCCUGGGGGCGGCGAGUUGAUAACAGAGUGGGCGGGGAAAGACUGCACAAAAGCCUUCGACGACGCUGGCCAUUCCGGAGACGCGAAAAAAGAGCUCAAACAGUACAAAAUCGGCGAACUUCGCGAGGAAGACCGGAAACAGAAAAAACCCGCCGUUCCGACCACCUCCAGCAACCCCAAAGAAGACCGACGGAGUUUCUGCAGUUACUUGACAUGCGGUCUGUGCGCCUGAUGAUGUAUUUUAAUCUAAAUCUGUUCUCUGUGAUAAAACGCUGUUUUUGUGUGUAUGAAUAAAUAUUUUAUUAAAGAGAUUACAACUCGA